AAGAAACUGACUACCAUGAAGAAAAAGGAGGACGUGGUUGACAUGUUGCAAUGGACAGAGGAAGAGUUUGUACAAAAUUGCACCUAUAUUGUCAAUGACCAGCCCUGUGACUCUCACUCCAGCUCCUGCCUUCCCCAAGCUGAGUCCUCCAUACCCCGCAAUCUUAUCUUCAAAUACAGUGAAACUAAUGAGGUAAUUGGAGUUUUCAGCAAAGAGUACAUCCCACAAAGAACUCGAUUUGGCCCUUUGAUUGGACAAAUUUAUACCAAAGACAAUGUUCCAAAGAAUGCCAACAGGAAGUACUUCUGGAGGAUCUAUUCAGGAGGGCAUUUUCAGCAUUUUAUAGACGGCUAUGACAUUCACAGGAGUAACUGGAUGCGCUAUGUGAACCCAGCACGUUCCCUUCAUGAACAAAACUUGGUGGCCUGUCAGAAUGGCAAAGAUGUCUAUUUUUACACCAUCAAGCCUGUGGAACCCAGCAGCGAGCUUCUUGUCUGGUACAACCAGGAGUUUCUGGAACGUCUCAAAAAUCCGUCUGUUGGGGAGCAGCUCACAACCAAAUUUAAGCACUCAGUGUUUGACGGCAGGGAUUUCACUUUAGAAGCCAUCAGACCUUGGUUACCUCAGAAACGCAAUUUCUCAAAUGGAGACCAAAAAUAUGAAGCUAAACACACAAAGAUGGAGGAGGAAUCUAGAAAAGAUGAGAAGAAGCAGGAGGAGGAGGAGGAGGAGGAGGAAAAGAUUGAUGUUGAAAUGCUAGAACGAGAUACACCUCCUGUCACCCCUGAGAGCCAAGCAAUGGACUUUAGCUCCAAGCUUUAUGCAGCUAAGAUGCCAACCAAACCCCAGGAUUCAGAGGAGUGCCCAAGGAAAAAACUUCAAUCUCUUUCGCAAAGUCCAUUUUCAGACAGAACUGACCCAGAGUGUAAAACAAGUCCAAACCAAAGAGUGAAAACCCCAAACAGCCAUGCGGACCUCGGCUUUUGUUCAUCAGAUCUGACUACCUCUACUAACAAAGAGCUGCCCUUGCAUCUGCAUGGGCUCUACAGCUCUGGAGAAGGGCUCAUCUCAUAUCCAAUGUACUCUCCAACUAGGUCUCUCCAGCAGCCAUACAUGUACCCCUAUAGCACUCACCCGUCACAUUAUCCCCAAUUCCUGCUACCUCAGUAUGCCCCUACUUACCCUGGUGUUAACAGCUUGAACAAUAUGAGCAUGGUUUCCAGAGUGCCACACCUGUACAACAGCUUUGUAGGCAGUGAUGGACUUCCUUACCCUUUGCUGCCACAGCAGAACCUGAUGGUCUCUUUAACUUAUCAGGAGGGGAGCCAGCAAAGCCAUUUAAACAAUCACAACAAAGAUGUCCUCAUCCCUGCCCCAACUAGCGCAUUUUCACUCACCACCCCAACAGGGGGCCUGAAAGAGAGACCACUCAACAGCUCACCUCCCCGGGGGGCCCCUGCAACUCCAGAGCAUUCUCCGCCACCAAAGCCUACUUUUUCGGAUGCGGGUCACAAUGAAGCUAUUAACCUCAGCAAGCCAAAGAUGAACCAGGCUGCCUCUCACCUGGGCUACAGGUCACUACCUUACCCUUUGAAAAAACAGAAUGGCAAGAUCAAGUACGAGUGUAACAUCUGCUUGAAGACCUUUGGGCAGCUUUCAAACUUGAAGGUUCACUUACGGGUACACAGUGGAGAGCGGCCGUUUCAGUGUCUUAUAUGCAAGAAGAGUUUCACUCAGCUAGCUCACCUACAGAAACACAAUCUGGUACACACCGGGGAGAAGCCACAUGAGUGCCAGGUUUGUCAUAAGCGCUUCAGCAGCACCAGCAACCUUAAAACACACUUGCGACUGCAUUCUGGGGAGAAGCCGUACCAGUGUAAACUCUGCCCGUUCAAAUUCACCCAAUAUGUCCACCUCAAGCUGCACAAGCGACUGCACAACAGAGAUCGACUGUACAAGUGUCAACUGUGCUCACAGUCCUUCAUCCACCAGGUCAGUCUGCAGCUCCACAUGAGGGGCUACUGUCCUUCCUCGGACAUUUCCAAUCAGACCUGCAGCAAGCUAUGUCAUGUAAAUGAGCUCAUCGCCAAACUAGAUGCAAGUACUGACAGCGCCAUCAUGGAGGAAAAGACCACACUAGCAGAAUUGGAAAGGUGGAUCACAAGGAGUUUAGAAAAGAAGGAAAGAAAGGAGGAUGAGACUGAAGAGUCGUUCCUCAAGACAGACUGUCAGCCACCGACCUACCAGGAAAAAAACCCAACUACCGUCCUGAGGAUGUGCAGGCUACAGUCCUAUCGGCCUGUUACAGUUAAACAAGAAAAUUCAUAGCCAAAGGAUUUUAGAGAGGACUACCAUUGUGUUUCAUCCAAAAUCAUUGACUGGAGCUUCCUGGUAAGAAGAACUUUUCCUCAUUUCUUGGAUAGAACAGGAGGAUCUUAUCAGAAGUGACAAGUGGCAACUUAAAAACUAGUGAAAGACACUUAAAUGAACCAAAUGUUUAUAUAUAUAUAUAUAUAUAAAUAUAUAUAUAUAUAUGUGUGUGUGUGUGUGUGUGCUUGCGUGCAUGUGUGUUUACACUUAUUUAAAUGUUUGUGACUUUAGUGUUACCAAAAGAUGCAAGUGUCCCAAAGACUUUCUUAUCUUCCAAAAAGUGGAUUUUGCACUCGUGCUAAAACCUGUCUUGCUUUAUUUUCUUAUGCUUUGCUAGCAUAACCUUGUAAAAUAAUAGAACUUUUAUUUUGUUUCUAGAAAUGAACUGUGAUAUUUUUGUGUAUGUGUGUGUUUGACUUAAUUUAUUAAUGAACAAAAGUCUACUUUUUUUUCUAAUAUAUUGAAAACUUUUUUUUUUUUUUUUUGUUAGUUUGGUAUUAAUAUGUAUUUUUGCCAGCAGUAGCAUUUUAAGGAUAACUGUUGAUAAAUCUCAGGUCAGGCAUUAAGAAAAAUAAAAAAUAUAUUUGUAUAUAUUUGUUUUACAUUCGUUGGGAAAAAGUCUGAACUUUACUGUCAAAAUAUUGGUUUGAGCCAAAUCACCGACUUCAGCAAAACAUUUCCUGUGUUCAUAUCAAGAAGUCCUUUUACGCUAGUAAAAUAGUAGUGAAAAUGAAAAGUCAAUUAAGCAAAACAAUUUUUUCCUA